GUUUGUCCGCCGCAAAAAGAAAUUUGACUUUUCGAUAAACAGCGAUGGAAUUGCUGUGUCUCUGCAGUAUUCCACCAAAAAGAAGGAGACCAGCAACACACAAUCGGGCACCAGUCGAUUGGACAUCAUUGACAUGUUGAAGGCGGGCAAAUUCAAAAGAUUGGGAGGUACAGAUUCAGGCAUGCGGAACUGGAAUACCACAACAAUACAUGACAUUGAUACUUGCAAAGAAAUCAACUUUGUAAAAAAGAGCAAGCAGUUCCAUUGGGAGACACAUCAAAACGUUCGAAACGCAAAAGCGAAGCGAUUUACAAAACAUUUCAUCGAGAAAGAAAGACAAGAUCAAGAGAAUCGUGAGCUGUACGCAAUGAUGCCAUCACCAAAAUGUUCACAGUGGCUGAGCUAUAUUAAGCAUCGAGUUAAGAUGACCAAACAUGGAAUCGAAGCUUACUCGACUGCAAAGAACACUAGACUCGCCUUGGAGAAAUACAUUAGGAGCAACAAAGCUAUCGACGGAUUUGUGAACAAGAUCACCAAUAAGGAACCGACUCUGUUAUUCCAUGGUGCUGAUGACAAAGUACCACCUGAUUGCCUGAUAAGAAUUAAAAAACACGUGCGGUGUCCGGGUGUACGCAAACUGAUGCAGGCAUAUAAGAAGCGACCAUACAUUGUUGUCGUGCCGGUGGACGAAUGGGGAACAUCUCAAACAGACGCAAGAUGUAUGUGCCGAUUCCAAAACCAAAUCGACUGAAUUCAUGAUGUAUCG